AAGAGUUUGACGCUUUCACAAUGUCCGGUACAUUUGCUUAUACACCGCGGUGGACACGGGCACAGAGGUACGACAACAAACGUCGGACAUGAAGAUUACACUACUAGUGUUGCUGGGCUGCGUUAGCUAUGCCCUAGGCUGGGGUGGUGGCAUUGGCGGCGGUAUUGGAGGCAUUGGUGGCAGCUACGGCGGCAGUAUCGGAGGCAUUGGUGGCAGCUACGGCGGCAGUAUCGGAGGCAUUGGCGGCGGCUACGGAGGCGGUCUCGGUGGUAUCGGAGGUGGUUAUCGCCAAACAACCAGCUACGGCGGAGGUCUAGGUGGUCUUGGAGGCGGCUAUGGAGGUGGUCUAGGUGGUCUCGGAGGCGGUUAUCGCCAAACAACCAGCUACGGAGGCGGUCUCGGAGGCGGCUUUGGCGGCGGUGUCAGCGGUGGCUAUGGAGGUGGCAUAAGAGGUGGCUAUGGAGGUGGUAUCGGUGGUAUCGGAGGUGGUAUCGGUGGUAUCGGAGGUGGCUAUGGAGGUGGUAUCGGAGGUGGUAUCGGUGGUAUCAGAGGUGGUUAUGGAGGUGGUAUCGGAGGUGGUAUCGGCGGUAUCGGAGGUGGCUAUGGAGGUGGUAUCGGCGGUGGUAUCGGUGGUAUCAGAGGUGGUUAUGGAGGUGGUAUCGGAGGUGGUAUCGGUGGUAUCGGAGGUGGCUAUGGAGGUGGUAUCGGAGGUGGUAUCGGAGGUGGUAUCAGAGGUGGCUAUGGAGGUGGUAUCGGAGGUGGUAUCGGAGGUGGUAUCGGAGGUGGCUACGGAGGUCUCGGUGGCAUUCGCGGCGGCCGCGGUGGCUACGGUGGCGGUGUUGGUGGUGUCCGUCGCGUUAGCGGAGUCGGCCUUGGUGGCCGUCGCGUUAGCGGAGUCGGCCUUGGUGGCCGCCGCGUUGGAGGGUUUGGUCGCCAGACCGUCAUUGGUCGCCGAGGAAUCAGCAGCGGCUUCGGCGGCGCACGCCAGGGAGCAGCCAUCGACGUCAACAACUUUGGAAACAUCGACUCGCAGGCGUUUGGCAUCGCACCAUUCGCUGGCCAGUACACGAACAUCGAGACGUUUAACUUCGACGGUGCCAGACAGCAGGCCGCCCAGCUCGCCCCGCAGAUUAACGCGCAGUCGACCGAGGAGAUCGUCAUUGGCAAGCGCUACCGUUCAGGCAACGCCCGUCAGUAUGAGCAGAGCUCAGCGCAGAGAACCGGCUCCGGCAACGGCGAGGCCGGUAUUCAGUUGAGCGCGACCAGGGGCGCCACCCAGGACGCGACGCAGCAGUUCAAGCAGCAUGCGACUGGCGAUGGCAAGAACGAGGAGGGUGCCUCGUACGGUUACGAACGACCCGGCACUAGUGUCCAGUACCAGCCCGUCCGUCUCGACUCCCUGCCCGUGCACGCAGGACCAGCCAGCCAGGUGCCCCAGCCCCAGCAGAAGGCUCACACAUACUAGACGUGUAUUGCACAUCCGUUUCAAUCACUGUUUCGCGUCCAAGUGUCGCUUUACCUUUUCGGCGUGCGCGUGUGUAGCUCAUGUAUAGGUCUCUAAACAGCUAAUCAAACAUUACCAUGUUAUACCAAAGUGACCAUGUUGUAUACAUGUAGUACUCCCCUGUGUUUCACUCAGCAGAACAAUUUUCCCAGUUCACUUCUUAAUUUUGAGGAAAACGACUGUAAGGCUAUGCUCAUACAAGUUACGGUAUGGUUGCGCCUGUUAAACUAGAUAAUCAAGUAGCAAUGAUAUCAGUUCUCAAUAUUUCUGCCACACUGGAACGAAUAAGAAUUAACCGGACUUUGCCAUGCGUGCACAUAUUGCUGGUGGCAUAGUCCGAGGUACAAGGAACUGUUGGUACCUCUUGUCCAGCACGUGUUUAUAAGCGAUUGUGACUUUGAUAAGGCCAUCAUAUGUAUAUAUAAACCAUCAUUUUAUCUAAUAAUAUUGUUUUUUUAUUACAAUAAAUGAAUCUUUGUUGAAACAAUCAA